UGAGAAUGAUCGCAGGCGCGCUUUGGGAUGAAAUUGAAAUAUUUGAAUGAUUUUUACAUUUUUGAUAAUGAAAAAUAACAAUGUUUGUUUGUUUUAAAUGAAAUAUGUUGUGCGAGGAACCUAUUAAGGCUGCAAUAUGGCAUGCCUUAAAUCAUUAUGCGUUCGGUGAUGCUGCUUUUCUUGCUGAGCGAUUAUUCGCUGAAGCUGCAUCAGAUGAAGCAUUGUUCCUGUUAGCAACAGUUUAUUACCGCUCUGGUCAAGCAAAACGAUCCUAUCAUUUGCUGCAAAGACAAGGAUGUCCAACUGCUUCAUGUAAAUUCCUCUUUGCUAAAUGUUGUGUGGACCUAAACAAGUUGUCUGAAGCUGAAAGGAUUUUAACAGGCAAUAAUUGCACUAUAAAUGGAAGUGUUAAGCAAGUUGAAACUGUUGUGUCUGAAUUUGGGUCUGCUGCAAGUUAUUCAUUAGCACUGAUGGGAGAUGUUUGCAGAAAAGCUGAGAAAACCAGUCGAGCUGUUGAAUGUUACAAAAGCAGUUUGAAGCACAAUCCAUUCUUGUGGAGCUCGUUUGAAGCACUGUGUAAAUUAGGUGAAAAACCAAAUCCAUCAGAAAUAUUCAAGUCUGCCUGCUGCCCUCGACUGCUGACAUCUUUGGCACAGCGAGAUGUCAUGAAAACGGGUUGUACAACUGCUGAAAGUACAGUUGUCACGUCUGUAAAUCAUUUGCGUCCCAGCAUAGAACCUAUGGCUACUGAGAACAUGGAUCCUUCAUGGAAUACACCAUCAGAAGCAAUUCAAUCAAUAAAUGCCCCACCCAAUCUCCAUGGCAACAACACCAGCUACGUGCCAUCUCCCAUGGGAACAUGUAACGAGAACCGAGCUCGACCGAAAACCGGACGUAAUCUUCUUGGUGUGAGUGCUACAUCCAGCCCAUUCUCACCAAGUUUUGUUGCUCUACCAAUGGAUACUCCAACUCCUGAUGCAAACACUAAUUUUAUAACUCCAUCUCCUACAGCCAAUGAAUGUCAACUCCCUAAGGCACCAAAAGCGCGCAAGAUCCGUCGUUCUGAGUUUAUAUCAAAGCUUCCUGGUAUUAACGCCUUUCCUCCUUCCUCGUCCAAUAUAACCACUGGUGUCACUUCCCAGACUACUUCUACGGCAGUUCGACGAAGUUCAAGACUGUUUGGAUCGACUUCAUCGAACACAUCACUCAAUGAUUCAAUAGACAAGGGAUCAAGAAAAAGCAGCAAAGGUGACAUUUCUGUAUCUAGAGGAGGCGCGUCACCGCGGAGGGUUAAGACGAGACGUCAAACUCGAAGUUCAGUAGCAAAUAAUCAGCCUUUGUCGCCGUCAUGUAGUGCGAAUAUCAUCGCAGAACCGACAAAAACAAUUCAAACAAGCGUUCAGUCGCUUAAGACUCCAGUUUCAACGACGAGUUUAGAUAGCCUGUUGUCUCUUUACCAAGAGCUCGCCACGGCCUACAUUGCCCUGUCCUCUUACGAUUGCAAGAAAUCUUUAACAUUAUUUCAAAAUGUUCAACCGCAACACUACAACACUUCCUGGGCUCUUUUGCAAGUUGCGCGAUGUCAUUUUGAAUUGGCACAAUAUUAUCUAGCGGAGAAAGUUUUUUCUCAAGUUCGCCAUUUGGACCCAUAUUGUUUGAAAGGAAUGGAGGUUUAUUCCACGACGUUAUGGCACUUACAAAAAGAGGUUGCGCUCUCUGCUUUGGCUCAAGAUCUGGUCGAAACUGAAAGAGUUUGUGCUGAGGCUUGGGUUGCGACUGGUAACUGUUAUAGUCUACAGAAGGAACAUGACACAGCCAUCAAGUUUUUUCAACGUGCUGUACAAGUCGACCCAUCUUUUACAUAUGCCUAUACCCUUCUUGGUCACGAGUAUGUUCUAACGGAAGAAUUGGAUCGAGCGAUGUCGUGUUUCCGGAGUGCAAUACGCACUGACUCAAGACAUUACAAUGCUUGGUACGGGGUAGGAAUGAUUUAUUAUAAACAAGAGAAAUACAAUUUAGCUGAAGUUCAUUUUAAGAAAGCUUUGACGAUCAAUCCGUCCAGUUCUGUACUGCUCUGUCACAUUGGCGUGGUACAACAUGCAAUGAAGAAAUCCCAGAUCGCUCUCCUGACGAUUGAAAAAGCUAUGGAAAUAGAUCCAAGGAAUCCAUUGUGUAAAUUCCACCACGGCACAAUUCUCUUUACGAUUGAGAAAUAUCGAGAAGCGUUAGCUGAAUUCGAAGAAUUGAGAAGAAUUGUUCCAAAGGAAGCUUUGGUUUAUUUCAUGAUCGGAAAGGUUUAUAAAAAACUUGGCGAAUCCCACAAGGCUCAGAUGUAUUUCUCGUGGGCCGUGGAUCUCGAUCCAAAAGGUGCCAACAAUCAAAUCAAAGAGGCAGUCGACAAAAGAUACUUGCCUGAUGAUGAUACCAGCGUUGAUGAUGUAGAUUUAACGGGGGAGCCUGAUGACGAGUUAAAUAAUGAAUUACAAAUCUCCGAUGAUGAUUUAACAUAGAUUCAGUUGUGUCAAUGGUAUAUGCACGUCUUUCGUGUCUAGGAAAUCGGUAAUAUUCUGCUUCAUGACUUCUUCUGUAUCCUCCAAAAGGCUGGAUACCACAUGCUCGUGUCGUUAAAUAUAUGACAUUAUGAUAGGCAGCGCUACAAUGUUACAGGUAGUUUUUCAAUGAACGAAUGAAUGAAAUGAAUUUUUA